GCUAGACGAGGUUAGCGUUAAAAAGGCCGCCUUGAGCCAACAUUUUUGUUUCAUUCCCAGUCUGCACUGAGUGCUGUUGUAAUCGUAACAUAGCCAUAUUUCCUUUCAAUCAUUUCCAAAAAAAAAAUAUCUGUCAAAAUGGGUGCCACCACUGCAAACGCCGCCGCGCCGCCUCAGGGCAUUGAUCUGUACUCCCGUUUCGCCCUUGCCGGCGCUCUUGGUUGCUCCGUCACCCACGGCGCAUUUACUCCUGUCGAUGUCGUCAAGACCAGGAUCCAGCUGGACCCGGCCACCUACAACAAGGGCAUGAUCGGUGGUUUCCGCCAGGUCAUCCAGAAUGAGGGCGCCGGAGCUUUGUUGACGGGAUUCGGCCCGACGUUUACCGGAUACUUUAUCCAGGGCGCGUUCAAGUUUGGCGGUUACGAGUUUUUCAAGAAGCAGUCCAUCGACUUCCUCGGCCUCGAGACUGCGCGCCAAAACCGUGGUCUUGUCUACUCUGUGUCGGCCGCCUCGGCCGAGUUUUUCGCGUCGAUUGCGCUGAGCCCCCUGGAGGCCACCCGCAUCCGUCUCGUUUCGACCCCGGGCUUCGCCAACGGUCUCGUCGGCGGAUUCACCAAGAUUCUCAAGAAUGAGGGUGUUGGCGCGUUCUACUCUGGAUUCGUGCCCAUCCUGUUCAAACAGAUCCCUUACACUGUGACCAAGUUCGUCGCUUUUGAGAAGGUUUCCGAAUUUAUCUUUUCCCAGCUCGACAAGUCUAGCUUGUCCAGCGGUGGCCAGACUGCCGUGAACUUGGGCUCGGGUCUCAUCGCCGGUUUCGCCGCUGCGAUUGUUUCCCAGCCGGCCGACACCAUGCUGUCCAAGAUUAACAAGACCAAGGGUAUGCCCGGUGAGGGCGUCGUUUCGCGGCUUGUCAAGAUUGGCGGCGAGCUUGGUGUCCGCGGCUCCUUUGCUGGUCUUCCCACUCGUCUUUUCAUGGUCGGUGGUUUGACUGCUGGCCAGUUCGCCAUCUACGGAGAUAUCAAGAAGGCUCUCGGUGCCACCAACGGUGUUGAGAUCGCCAAAUAAACGUCAAUUCGGAGGUGAGGUGCAGGAGAGCGUUGUAAUAGGUGCGUUGGUGUGGCAUUUCGCUCAUCUUGGGUGCAAUUAACGCGGUUGCUCUGUGGUGGAUAGACUUGGAUCUCUGUCUUUUUGAUGCAUAGCGUUAUACUCUUAUUUUGCAGCUCUUGCUUUAUUACCUGAUAGACACAUUGAUUUUAUGACAAAGAACGACAUUUUUAUUGGACACCCUCGACGGGGUUUUCUAUCUUGUAUUUUGAGGACACGACAGUCGCUGUGGUCUGGUGAAAUUGCGUCUUGAUAGCACACCAGGGAGGCAUCUUAUAGCGCAAGCUAG